UCCCCCGUCUUCAAGGUUUUUACAUCUGCUCCCAUAGUCACCAAAGAGAGAAAGACAUAUACACUCAUAUACCAACCCACAACAAAACCCACACAGGCAGAGCUGAGGAGCUCUCACCAGGAAGCUGACUUACCCUAAACCACCCUGCUAUUUCUCGUCACACUACAUCUGGGUCUGCUGUCACGGCUGCCUCCGGAUGAGCUAGACCCAGUUGCCAGGACUAAUUUGGCCUAUAUGUGCAGUGGUCUCUGGUUACCUCUUGAGGUUUUGGGUUUUUUUCCUCUCAAUAAUAUAAUUGUUCCAAUCUGCUAAAAAAGAAGUCCAUCUGAAAAAGCCAAGAACACAGAACGCCACACUUCUUUUCUUCACCUAUCUCGUCUAGAUUAGUUGACUUCCGUAAUAUUUAUUUCCAACAGCCGCUUUCAGCUUCCUGCGUCUGCUGUGUUUCCACUGGUGAAUGGGGUGGGAGUGGGGCCGUGGCAUCUGGAGGAGGCCAGCUUUAACACAGGAUUUAUCCUGAAGAAAAUACUUGCAGAGGAAAAAGAAACAUCAUUUGACUCACUGAAUAAUUAAAACCAACAGUAUCACAGAGCCGUGUGGGAGAAAAGGGGAUUUUAGACUCAAGUGACACAAUCAAGUCUUGAGAAGUAAAGAAAUUUGGAUGGUUUCUCACCAAACAGAAGUUAUGUAGAAAGCCUCUGAGACCACUGCCUCUCUCCAUCCCACUCCUGCUGCCCAGAGACGGUGCUCUUGGCCCUGGACGCUAAUAAAAUGCUGGAUUCAAUUAAGUGUGUCCUGGUGGGAGACUCUGCGGUGGGGAAAACAUCUCUCUUGGUACGUUUCACCUCCGAGACUUUUCCAGAUGACUACAGACCCACCGUGUAUGAAAAUACCGGAGUGGACGUCUUCAUGGAUGGUGUACAGAUUAGCCUAGGUCUUUGGGACACAUCUGGCAGCGAUGCCUUCAAAGGCAUUCGCCCCCUCUCAUACCAACAGGCAGAUGUGGUAUUAAUGUGCUACUCGGUGGCAAACCACAAUUCCUUUCUGAACCUGAGGAACAAGUGGAUCGGCGAGAUCCGCAGCCAUUUGCCCCGCAUCCCCGUUCUGGUGGUGGCUACUCAGACUGACCAGCGCGACACGGGGCCCUACCGUUCCUCCUGCAUCAGCCCAAUAGACGGGAAGCGGCUCGCCCAGGAUGUGCGAGCCAAAGGCUAUUUGGAGUGCUCUGCUCUCAGCAACCGGGGGGUGCAGCAGGUGUUUGAGUACGCCGUGCGGACAGCAGUCAAUCAAGCCAAAAGGCAGAACAGGCGGAAGCUCUUCUCCAUUAACGAGUGCAAGAUCUUUUGAGGACCAUCAGCAGUAGCUUUGCCCGCGUUCGUUCUUUUUGCCUUCGCACAAAGAUACCACGGCAGAGAGAAUGGGAGGGGAAUCAAAGGAGGACUCCUGGCAGGACCACAGUGCAGGUGCCCCUAGUGAGACAGAUCUAUCUGAUCUGCUCUCCCCCAACACACGUGGGCACUAUCUUGAAAAGCGAAAGGUGCAGGUACAUGCCCUUAUUCACAAGCCCGUGUUUGGACUUUGCUAGCCUCAACUGGAGCAGGCCUAGCCCGGAGAUCUGCAGAUAAUAGCUGUGCUGAUUUUGUUGUUGUUUCUGUUGAUGUUCCUCAGUUGUUGAUUCGUCUGCAUUUAUUUAAUGACAAACUUCUGCCUGGAUCAACCCUCACCUCUUGCCAUAUCUGUCCAUGUGGAGGUUUUUUUUUACUUUAAGAACUUAGCGUAUAAAAUCUGACCACUGUGUAUUCUAUUUAAAAGACUCUUGUAUACGUUGUUGUAAAAUACUGACAGUUUGUUUUCAUAUUUUGGAGGUUCUUCCUUUAGCUAACCACAGAAGCAAAUUGUCCUAUCCUUAUAAUAAAUGGCCUGCAGGCAAGCCUAGCACUUCUUAGACAUGCCCAAGUCACUGCAUAACAAUAACCAAAUCCAGUACGUCCAGCAUAGGAAUGAUCAAAACUUAGUGACAUUUGACAGCUGUCCUGUGGGUUUGUGAGAUUUAUUUUAUCUUAGUCUUGUUCCUCAGCAAUGUGGUCAAAGGUGGGACGAACCAGGAAGAAACUAACCUGAUUCUUCCUAGACCUCACCCGGUUACAACCCCAGAAGGACUGACUUGCAGUCAGGGCUGGUUUAGACAUAUGGUUGGGUGGCAGAGAUGAAUCUAUCCCUGCUGUAAUUCUGGAAGCAAAAGAUUUCAGUCUCCAGGGAUAAAAGGUAUUUUUUCAUGAGCACUAAAAUUCUCACAUAUUUUUGGUACACUUCUUUUCAAAACAGUGGUUUUAGUGAAACCAGUCACCUACUAUAAUAAAAAUUAAGUACAUGGCAAUGUUGAAUGUGUGUAUUUAGAAUGGCUAAUUAACUUCUUUUUUUUGAGUUUGCAUACUAAGUAUAACUGCCUGGGUUGUAUCAAAAUAAGACUGAAACAGGCUUUGCAUCCUGGGGAGCCUGACAAAAGUCAAAUCCUGAUGUACCUGCUCGGGCCAAGUUACCCUCCUGCACAAAAAGCCAGGCUAAGGAGGUGGAAACUCCAAGUGUGUAAGAGAACUCUGCUAGAAGAUGGAGUGGGGUCAACACGCUGUACAUUCCUCGUGAGUUGCGGUGUUCCCCUCCUCCUCAGGUUAUCUGUCCCCUCUGCCCCGUAACAUCUCUCAGGUCUUGCAGAUCUGUCUCAUCCCAAAGUUUCUGCUGCCCAUAGAGGAAGUCCCUUGGGGGAUUUCUUAGUGCAGCAAGAUUUUUUUUUCUCCUUUUCCCUGUCCUUCAGCUAGCUCAGAACUGACCUUUGAGGGGCUUAUAGCAUGGUGCCAUAGAAGGUGGCACAUAGCACAGUAGGAUGAUUCUCUCUCCACAUGGAUCCCGAGAGAAUGACCUGUGUUUGUUUUGACUGAGCCCCAACUUGUUUUUCAACAGGAAUGGAUGCAGUGGCUUGUCUGAUUCACAUCCAAGGUGGGACUUCAGGAGUUACCCUACUAAGCAAAUAAGCUAUAGCUCAGGUCUUAUCUAUCUAUAGUUUCUCCCUGAAAAACUGGUUGGGUGCUCUUCUCCAUAAUUGUUCUACCUCUGAGCUUCUCUAUGAAGAGAAAUUCCAAAUUAAAUCAUCCCCCUCCUAUGAAUCCCAGAGGUGGUCUCACCUGUGAUGUAGGUGAGCAAGUAUUUGCAUUGCAGACAUCUUGAAUAGCAGUGGUGCACAGGACACUUGAUGUUGUGAUUGUCCCGCCAGCUCCCAGGCUGGUGAAUACUUACCACUCAUCAACCUGAUUGUAAGGGAGGCUUCUGGUCGUAAAAACAUACUGGUCUUAUGUGAGGUUUUCAUAUCAGCUUUAAAUCUUUACAAGCUUCUGCACUUGAGCACACAAGAUGAGGGCUCCCAUCACCACUCAUCUUUCCUGUACUCUUCUCCUUCCUACUUCUCUUUCUCUUCAGGUGUUGAUUACAAAUCCUUUGCCCCCUGAAACACUAAAACUGACAUGUUUGUAAAAGAACCUGAAUGGCAUGAUACUUAUGCAGAGUUACACAAGUGGCUAGGUAUUUGCAGUCCUCGGUUAAAAAUGUUUUGGCUUUUGGAAGAAAUGUGUUUCUACAUCUCAACUCUUCCAAUGCCUCUUCACUGAAAGUUUUGGUUUUUGUAACCAUAAUUUAAAAUUAGUCAUUGUUACUGUUUGAACAUUAAAGAUCACAUGCAAAAUGUCACAUUGUGAAUCUUCAAAUCUGUUGCAAGUGUGGACAUUUUUGUUAUGGUUCCAACUCCACUAAUGGAUUUAAUACCUGGUUUCAGCUUUUUCUGAGACAUAUUUUUUCCAGCAUGUUCAAUUAAAUGGUCUUUUUCCUC